UUCUGCAGAGAGUCUCUGUUGCAUCGAGACUUGUCGAUUCAGCAGUUGUAUACUAUGCCAGUUCUUAACAAAACCUGAAAUUGGACUGACGUAUGUUUCAUGACGCUAUGAAAUUGGAGGAGUGUACCCUCAAACUGCGGAAAUGUGAUGCACUUUUGAAAGAUAAUUUGAUAUCUUCUGUCGGUAUCAACAACGGAGAACCCGUCGGCAUCGAUUCAAACGGAAAACUGGAUGAUGAAUUUUCUUUGGAAAAGCAUGAAGUUGACGACACGCAGGACGUACCCGAAGAGACUGUUCCUGAGAUUGGAGGUGUCUCCAGAAUGGGAAAUUCGGACGUGUUAACGCAGCAAUCCAUUUCUCUUGAAAAUUCUGAUGAACAUCGCUCAACCGAAGAACGAUUGUCACCUAUAAAUUUGACCGAAAACGAAGCCCCGCCGAAACUUGCGAAUGGACUUGUGAAAGCGGAGAACAAUGCAGCUAUGUCUGAGGAAUCUGAACCUCCUGUAGAGCCAAUCGGUUUGCACUGUCUGAAGGGCGGACCGAAGCAAAUGAAGUGCGAAGAAAAUUCUUCCGAAGAUGAACCUGUGAAGAUUUUGAUACCCUCACUUUCAAACUUCACCCCUUCGUCUGAAGGAAGACGGAAGCGUUCGGCUGCGCAAUUAGCAUCCGUUCGUUUGAUCGCGGACAUCCCCCUGCGUGUGCCAAAGAAGCAGCGUCUCAGCACUGCGUCUGAUUCAUCGAAGUCCAACACCGUUAGUAUUGUGAAAAGUGCAAAAAAAGAACCAUGCGUUGAACCAAAAGGGAAUUCCUCGUCAAACAAUGUUUUACCAAGCAAGAAUGCGUCUUCCUUGUCCAAGAAAGUUUCGUCGAAAAGUACUUCGAAAUCAGAUAAGGGAAACUUUGUUGGCAAAAGCUGUACGGAUCAAACUGAUCGAAUUGUGGAGAUUCCGAAACCUCUCAGACUGAGCAGUUGGUUGGAUGAAGUGGCCAAUUGCUCUCCGCCUUCCGUUUUCGCCGUCAAAAGCAAGCCGAUGCCAACCAUUCCCUCAUUUCAGCUACCUGCUCAUUCUGUACAAAGUGUGCCUUACAUAGCCUCUCCACCUAUGUUCUACGACGAUCACUCCAGCGACUUUCUUACACCCUAUCCAUCGUUUAUUGAAAAGUCAUCUGCUGCUGAGGAAGUUUUCUUCAAUUGGCAUACUGCGUCAGAUAAAACAGAGACGAUCACUGACCAUGACUUAUUUGAAAAGACGAAACAGGAAGAUUGGGCUGUGAUAUUCGCCGCACCGCCGAGUCCACCUCAAGAGUCUGUUUCCGAAAUUAAGUUUGAACCGUCUACUGGAGUUCGUAAGGUCAUUAACCCAAUUCGGCUUACUGAUACUGAUGUACUGUGUUCCUACUGCAAGAAGAUCGUAAAGAAAGCUUCAUUUCGUGCCCACGUGAACACCUGGCAUCAGAAAAUCGGCCCGUAUCGGUGUGGGAUUUGCGAUAAGGGCUUCGUGCGGAAAGGAGAUGCGCAGGUACAUAUGAAAAUGCAUGACAACCCUGGGUAUUCUGAGGAUAUUUCCGUCAGUGGGUUUUCCGACUCAUUGAGUACCACCGCCGAGGACUCGAAUAACUGUUGGCCGCGGAUGGAAAUCUCCAACAGCGAGUUUCCCAUCGAAGCUUCUGAUGUUGAACUCACCAACUCGUCCUUCAUGUCGGAUGAAGUACCGCUUGAAGCUACGCAGUUGGUCUCGGUCACAACGUACGAAGAACCUCUCGAAGAGCAGCAGCAGCCUGGUGAAACUGAUCUCUUAUGCUACGAUGAAGAAGGUCUUCUGACACCUUUCGCCAUGCAUCCCGUCGUGAGACAAGUGUCUUCCUCGGAACUGGAGCGCCAGGUUUUGUCUGAAACGGACGUCAGAGAGUAUUUAAUAAUCGAUGACUCUAGUAUCAAUGUUUUCACGUGCCAGUACUCGUGUGUAUCAGUACUUGAUGAAGCAUCUCUGUCCCCCCAGCGUCUCCACGAGGUUGUAGAAUCGUUGUUCAGGUGAAUGUUGAGGUCUAGUCGGGUCAACUAUUUUGUGCGUGGGUGUUUCUAGUCUAGCGUUUUCCAUUCCUUCGAAGAGUAUCUCAGGCAUUGCCGAGGUUAAAAAAAAUCUCAAGAUCUUUGCAAGAUUUCUUUGUUGUGUCCUUUGCUUGUACUGAUUCAUUUUAUUCAUGAGACGAUUACCUUUUUAAUCCUUUUCUCAUCGAUGAAAGGAAUUCAUCGCCUUGGGAAAACGAUUGUGGAAUUGAUGAACUGCAUGUAAAUUAUGCGAUCAUGUCCCAUCUUCUGAAUAAAUAAUUUUCGGAUUACGAUCGAAAAUCUGGGCCCGAAUCACCGCGCUGAUAAUUUUAAAAAUAUGUUUGAGAACUUUGAUGGCAUCCUGUUUGCCUUGAGUAAUUCAUUUUCAAUUGUCGAUGAAUUAGAUCGCUUGCAAAAUGAAUUCCUAUUUCUCAAAAAUCUGGAAGCUCAGCAGUGUAUCCAAGAUGACAAAUGCGAGAGAAAUAGUGAAAUUGACUGCAUUGGUAUAUUUUUUUCAACCCGGAAUUUGUCGGACGAAUUUUACGUUGAACCUCAACUUUUAAGCUCAUACGGUUUUUUCAUGAUUUGUCAGUUCAAUGGCUGAAGGACUGCAGUUUCAUCCCAUUUUAUGAAUUUGAAAAAUGUGUAGCGCUGUAGUCGGUUUUGAUUUUUUUGACGGUUUUCAAGAAAUCAACGAAAUAUGAACGAUCCGCGAUAACAUUUUUUUUGUGGCGAUCAUUUUACGAAUUCCUCGAAUUCUCCCCCGCUUGGAUGAAACAAACUUUUUUCUGUUUGUCAGCAUUCCCAGGGACUAUAUGGAAUAUUUGAAGUGAUCUCACUCUAUUGUAGGUACGUGCGUUAAAUUUUGCAACGAAGUUUCUGAAAAGAUAUAGACCUUAUUUUUCAUGAUGAAAUCAAAUCUCCAGUUGGGUUUGUGCCACGUAAUCGUUCGCGAUAUUAACCCAAAAAAUAUUUCGGUGACGCGCUUUAAACGAUUUUUUUUUCUAGUGGUCUUGAGUAUCUGAUCGGGGUUUUUUUCGUUGUGUGGACUUGAGGAGAAUAGAAAGUUUUCCAUAAAAUUCUGUCUAUAUAAAGA